AUGACGCCAUGCUUUCGUCUGUUUGUGUUUCCCGUUUUUUUCCCCCUGGUACUCCAUACUCCGUACGACUUCUUCGUGUUCUUCAACCCCAGUAUACAAACGGCCCCGUUUGUACGCAGUCUCUGUAGCGAAGCGACAACACAGGUCCAGGCCCAGGCCCAGGCCAAGGCCCAUAAGCAUCCCAACCCGUCGCGUCCAACGCCACGUUCCUUGGACGACCAUUGA